GACUUCAGGCAUCUGCAAAUGUGAGAGGCCAGGUUCAGUCCACAAAAAGAAUUUUUGCAAGUUCUAUAGUUCUGCCGAAAGUCCCACAUUGCUAAGCUAACAUAUACUAGAAGCUUUUAUAUGGUUACCUUAUAACUUAUGUUCGUCCCUUCGGGACAUCAGAUAAAAUUGUAACUCUACGGAGAAGAUUAGCAUGCCCCCUGUACGACACGCACAAAACGAGAAAUGGUAUAAUUUUAUUUCUUCCUACAUUUGAUGAUUCUUCUUCUCGUUAACUUAAUAUUUCUUCCAAAUUCCACGUUUCUUCUUUACUAUGGUUGGGGCUUCCUCAGAUUAGAGAGUGCUCCUCCACCACCUUUCCCUUCAUCUGCCGAUCCAGCCAUAGCCGAGUUGACAAGGAUGGAAGGCCAAGAGAACGUUAAGCAUCUUGAGGACUGCUCUGUCUCCAAUGCAUUGGGGACUUGGGUAUUCUCUGUAGCAGGGGCAUUGUUAGCUAUUCCUGUGGGAAUAAAAAGGAAAUCUUUAGCGCCUCUGGUGUUCUUUGGUACAACUGGUACGAUGCUCGAUAUCAUUAUGGGAAUAACUGCCUGCGAAAGAGAGCACGCAGAGCGCCAAAUGAAGCUAUUAGAAGCCCAAAACUCACCAAAUGAUGGUAGUCUCACCUCUGAAAGUGGAGGCGAGUCUUAGUUUCAUUCAUUUUUAGCUAUGUUCUCAGUGUGUGCUGUUCCAUUUGGUUAGUCUGAAUUACCCAGUAUUUUGAUUCACUCUAUAUAAGUGUAAUUGUACACAUAAGCAUUACCUGUGAGUAAGGAGCAUAUAUUGGUUUCUUUUUUCUUUUCAGUUGUGUUUCGUGAUUUGUCUUGAGCUGUUUGUGGGAGAGUAGAUUGCAAAAGUGUUUUUAUUUCUGCCGACUCUGGUUUUGGUAUGAACGAAAAUUGGAGAGCAGCUGCAUAAUUUUUACUAGGACGAGAUUAAAUGAAAUGUAAUCUAGAGGCUUUUUACUUUGGUUUGAUGAUAUGCUUGGUUUAGGAAUAUGGUAUUCAAACAGAAACCAUUUCAAAAGGUCAUCGGCAAGCUUAUCUCUCAAGUCUCUUUAUUAACA